ACAGCAUAAUCAGAGUAAGAACUCGAGCUCUGUUCUCGUCACUCUCCCUCUCCAUGUGCGAUUUGAGGGUAAACAUUGCAUAAAGCACAUGAUGCUAUAAUCAUCAAGCUAUGGCAAUUGCAGUGGCAAAGCUAUGUAAACCACUCUGUUCCUUUUCUUGCCCUUCUAUUUAUUUUUCUUCCCCCAUCCACUCAGUUUCAUCACAACUGUUGCUUCAACAAUCUGUUAAAGCUGCCAUUGAAGCAAAAAAUUACCAGCAAAUUGCUGACCUUCUCAGUGCCUCAAAGGAAACUUGUCGAACCUCCAAUCCUUUCUCAUUCCUCUCAAACUUUCAACAAGACCAUAGAACCAAAAUAAUUGAUGAGGUUCUGCAAGGUUUUGUUCCUCUAAGGCCUCGUUCUCGCCCUCAAGUUGCCUAUGCCUACCUCCUCUCUUUCACCCUGCAAACUGCUAAUCCUCUUCCACUUUCACUUGCAAUUCUCCAACGCACCCUUCGGUCAGGCUGUGCCCCUGUUCCUCAAACUCACCUACUUCUCUCCACUGUCUGGCUGCAUCAAAGAAUGCAAUCUGAUCAGGCUGUUUCUAGCAUGCUGUUGCAAAUGCAAACAAUUGGGUAUCGGCCUGACAAUGGCAUUUGCAACUACCUUAUUUCAUCACUAUGCAAGGUUGAUCAGUAUGAGGAAGGAGUUCAGGUAUUGCGUGGAAUGGGUAGGGCUGGAUGUGUUCCUGAUUUGGACAGUUUCGGCUCGGUCAUUGGUCCACUUUGUGACCUUAGAAAGACAAAAUACAUUGAAGAACUAAUGAGGGAGAUGGUAUCUAAGUUCAGAUUAUCCCCCAGGAAAGAGAUGGUGGUAAAGGUCCUAAAAGCAAUGCGGGCAAACAAAGAUGCUCAUAAAGCAGUUGAGCUGAUAAAUUUUCUAGAAGAAACGAAUAUACAUAUCGGCUUUGAGAGCUAUGAGUUGGUUGUUGAGAUGUGUUUAGAAUCCAGUUUGUUUGUUUUAGCAGGGAAAGUUGUUAUGCAAAUGACAAACAGAGGAUUUAUACCAUAUAUAAAGGUGAGACACAAGGUAUUUGAAGGAUUGGCUGAUGCUGGUGAAUUGGAGCUUGCCCAUAUUCUUAGGAAGAAGUUCACAGAACUGACGUCUUAGCGUUCCACAAUAUUUUCAGAAAUUUCUACAGAAAGAACAUAAAUUUAUUUGGCCUUGACAAGCUUCAGAAAAUCUUUUGACCAUUUUGUGGUCACUUUCUUGUGUUUAAGUAGAUAAUGCUGGGGUUGAGUAA